AUGUCCUUGGAUAAGUCACCGCCCCAAAGGCCCCAGCAACAACAAGUGAGGCCCGACUCUCCCGACAACAACACACUAUCACCAUCCGCCGCCGACAGUCGUCGCAUGCCUACCCCUGGCCCGUCUUCGCAGAGGGGUUCUGUGGAUUCGUCCGCACCCCAAGAUCCUGCCGAUGCUAAUGAAUCACUAUCGCGGCCGAUGACGGCCAGUGCAUCUCCUUCUGAUGCUGAUGCUACGGCUACGGAACCGCCCAGCGCAUCCGCCACGCCAGCCCCCUCUGGCUAUGGGACGCGGUCGAGUCGUCGAAAUGCCGCUUCCCGCCCAAACUACGCCGAGGAUCGUGACAUUGAUGUCGACCUCGAGGUUAACAAUUCCGCCUCGAAAACUCCUAAACGCGGCGGUGCUACUAGUAAUCUCACUAACGGCACGCGAACUGAUGGUGAAAAGUCAAGCUCUCGGAAAAGUCUAACGGCGGCGAACGGAUCCAACUCCGCCGCUGCCAGGGACGGUAUCCCCGGCACCUCCUCGUUCCUCGCCAAACCAGAUGAGGUCAAUUCAUCAUCGAGUUCUUCACGCAAGCGAAAGCAGCCUGCAAGCUCCACCCCGACCUCAACAAACGAAAAUGUUUCCAAAAAGGUGUUCACCUCCGCGCCAGGGAUCACCCCGGGUCAGGGUGACUCGAACAUGGUCACCUUUGAUGACGGGGGCGCUUACUUGAAGGAUGGUAAAAUCACGGCCGACGAUGGCACGACAUUUUCAGCCAACGAACAUGUUUAUCUUAUUUGUGAACCUCCAGGCGAGCCUUAUUACUUGGCGCGUAUCAUGGAAUUUCUCCCAAACAAAAAUUCGCCAUCUGGCCCGAUUGAGGCGUUACGAGUCAAUUGGUAUUACAGACCACGUGACAUUCAGCGAAACGCCGCGGAUACGAGGCUAGUAUUCGCGUCGAUGCAUUCCGACACAUGUCCGCUUAAUUCAUUACGUGGGAAGUGUCAGAUCAGGCAUGCAUCGGAAAUCGAAGAUUUCGAAGAGUACAGGAAGACCCGGGAUUGUUUCUGGUACGACAAGAUGUUUGACCGGUAUAUCCACCGCUACUACGAAGUUAUUCCGACAAGCAAAGUCAUCAAUGUGCCCGGCAACGUCAAAAAGGUUCUCGAUGAACGAUGGCGAUAUGUCCUAGUCGAAGUCGGGAAGCGGAAAGAGUUGACGAGCGCGGUCAAAACCUGUAAACGAUGUAGUUUAUACGCUGCUAACUCUGAAUCCGUGGAUUGUGCUGUUUGCCAUAAUACCUAUCACAUGUCCUGUGUCCGACCAGUAUUACUGAAAAAGCCGGCCCGGGGAUUUGGGUGGUCUUGUGCGGCCUGCACUCGAGCGCAAGACCGGAAACUCGAGGCCCGGCAUACUCCAAUGCUUGGCGAUGUACCGGCAUCAGAGGCGCAGGACGCCGACGAAGAAAUGAUCGAAGAAGAGGAGGAAGAUCGUCCGAACGGGGUUCCCAAUGGUACCUCAGUCAGCACUCCGGCUCCGACCGAGGAUGAAGGGAUUCGGCCAGCCACGGAGGAGCAAAUUGCCCAGGCCAGUUUGUGGCCAUAUCGCUAUUUGGGAAUCCAUUGCCGAGUGGAAGAUGCGCUAGACUACGACGACCGCAUUUACCCUCGAGCUAGUUCGCGAUUAGGGCCCCGGCACCAGGCGGUGGUAAACUCAUGGCCCGGACGCCCGAUCGAAUACGUGAAGCCCGUUGAGAUCAAGAAGAAGUAUAUGAGGAACUCCGGAGGCGGUCGCAGAGACAACAGGCUUACCAAAGAUACUAUUGCUGCUAUUGAAACUGCUAAGAAAGAGCGGGCCAGCCGACCCAACUGGGUUAUGGAUGAGCCGCCUGGCUUCAUCCGCCGAGGUGAAGAUGAGCCAGUUACAGUGGCUGGUAAGCAGGCCCGCACCGCCGAGCUGCUUUUCAAGAUGCCCACCAUAGAGGAAAUACCGACGAGAGGAGAGGAUGAUGGACCUGGAUCGGAAAUUAGCGCGGCAAACCGAGAGAAGUUCAUCGACGAAUACAUGGACCGAGCGAAACAGUUGGCACCCGAUUUAGGCGUCGAGAAGCAUUCGACUAAUUUUCUUGACAAAGCGUUGGAGCUUCUGUAUGCACAGAGCUUCAACGUUGAGGCGGCGCUUGCAAAACUGAAGGGGGUAAAUAAACACAAGGACCUCAAAGAACCCCAUCUACGCCCCGAGGAAGUCAAGUCCUUCGAACAAGGAGUCACAAAGUACGGAUCUGAGUUGCGCAAUGUGAGCAGGCAUGUCGGAACUGUUCCCCAUUAUCAAAUUGUGCGGUAUUACUACAUGUGGAAGAAAACACCCCGAGGCCGCCAGAUCUGGGGUAAUUAUGGUGGCAGGAAAAAUAAGAAAGAAGCCAAGCGAAACAGUGCUGCGAAGCUCGUGGACGAUGUCGCGGAUGACCACGAUGAUUCGGCCUUCGAUAAUGAGAAAGCUACAGAGAAGAAGCGUGGCUUUCAAUGCAAAUUCUGUUCCACCCGAAGCUCACGGCAGUGGCGACGCGCACCUGGUGUGCCUCCUGGCACAACGGUUCCUAGUGAGCCAGGAGCGAGACAGCGGGACAAGGGACCGCAGCUUAAUGUUGCCCUUUGCUUGCGUUGUGCUCUGCUUUGGAGAAAGUACGGAAUCCAAUGGGAGAGCGCGGACGAAGUUGCAAAGAAGAUCGGCCAAAGUGGCAACAAAUCGUGGCGCCGCCGCGUGGACGAAGAACUAUUGACUCAGCUGCUUGUUUCCUCUGAGACAGGCCCUGCUAAUAUCAAUAGCUCGACCGCUGCCACUGCGGCCUCGCUUGGUGUCCCUGUAGGCGGGAACUCUCAGUUGGAGAACAAGAAGCGAAAUCGGAAUGACAAGGACAGUACGGCAACCUCAACAGCUACCUCCGUGGAGCCUGUCUCGAAGAAGAGGUCUGCGAACGAGAAGUCCUCCGAACCUGCUCCGAUUGAACCGGAACCUCCCGUGGCCAAAACACUUCCUUGCGCGAUCUGCGCCAAGAUCGAACCCACUGGGGAUCAGUACGUGUCCUGCAGGGAUUGCCGUCUAACCGUUCACCGAAACUGCUACGGAAUCAGCCCCUUACAGAACACAGUCAAAUGGUUGUGCGAUACUUGCUCGAACGACCGAAACCCGCUCAUAUCCACCUCUUACGAAUGCGUUCUAUGCCCGGUGACCUGGACUGAGCACGAGUUGAUGGAAGCGCCAAGGUCAACUCACAAGAAGAAGACCGACAGGGACCGCGAGAAAGAAAAACUUGAGCGCGGCUUGGUUGCGGACGCGAUUAAGCUUUACCGCGAGAGGCAGGAAGCUGUUGGCAAGCCAGUCGGCCCCCGGGAACCUCUUAAGCGGACUGCCGGCAAUAACUGGAUCCACGUUACCUGCGCAGUUUGGACGCCUGAAAUCAAGUUCAGCAGCGCAGAAGAACUAGAAGCUGCUGAGGGCUUCGGGCUGAUUUCCGCUGAUCGAUUCCGUGAGACUUGCAAGAUCUGCAAGUCUAACAAGGGUGCCUGUGUCCCGUGCCACUUUAGCGGCUGUAACACCCACUUUCACGUUGGCUGUGCGUUUCAAGCCAAGUACAAGACCGGGUUCGACGUUACCCCGAUCAAAAGCUCCAGGAAAGACAGCGCAUCGAGCGUUCGGCUUGGGGACGAAGUUGGAGCGGCGACUGCAGCGAUUUGGUGUCCUCAGCACACAGUUUCAUCUGCCGUUCAUGAGUGCAGCGAGCCAGCCGAAGAUGGUCUCAAUGCGCUCCAGAUGUUUGCUCGUACUUAUAAACAGGCAGAUCUCAGCAUAACCGGAACGGUUCGGAGGGCAGCCUAUCUUCAGCAGGCGAAUGGCGUAGCGCACCAGAACGCAACUUCUUCUGCGAACCGACGAUCUUCUACCAUUAAUGGUACCGCGACUCUACCUGUGAUGACGAAAGAAAAGCCAACUCUGCCUGAGGAAAACCCCGAUGAGAUGCAGAUCGAUUCUGAGCCCCGUCCUUCACAGCAAAUUGGUGGUGGGGAUGUAGCCCGAAAAUGCGCUACUUGUUCAACAGCCCAUAGCCCCAAAUGGUGGACGCUUGACAACGUUCGUCGGACUCCCGCUCUCAGUCACAGGGCACCUCCUUCGAACGGAAUCACGUCCUCAGCGAGCCCACCAUAUAACUUUGGACACUCCCAGUCCUCGUUACCUGCGCUCAACGGGGUCUACGGUUCUCCAGACACGAAAAUGGGACCAGCAAACCUGGAGGGUUCACAAGUGCUGUAUGAGUGCCACAAGUGCCAUCUCAAAAAGAUGAAGGCCCAGCCACAACCACCAUCUCCGGAACCACGACCGUCACCUUACUCAGCCCAGCGGCCAGUUUUGCCCACACCCCGACUAGCGGAAUAUCAUAGCCAUUCGUAUGGAUCUUCUCAUAGCCACCCCAGUCAAGGGGCCCUUCCCCGGCCUGUUGGUCCGCCCGCUAGCGUUAGCCCCGAACGGUACCCUGGAUAUGAACGAGCGGGGGAGUAUGGGGAUAAUGGGCUGCGCAACGGUUUACAAAACGUUGCAUACCGAAGUGCUCCACCUCCACCACCGCCAAUGCGCCACCUGAAUGGGUAUCAGCCGCCUGCGCCUCCUGCGCCCAAUUAUACUAGCGCCUCGCAUCCCCCUGCUCCUCAGCCAUACCCAGCCCAUCAGAGCCCGUAUGGACCAGUUGGUCUCUCCUCGCCGCAUCCACCACCAGUGCCGGGGCCUCUGCAAUAUGCGCACUCUGCGCCGUCCGCGUCACCGCCAGAUAUACCGGCCACGAUGGUGCGACACUCCCCGCAGCAUUCACUGAGCGCCUUGAAUGGUGGUCCACCCUCCCGGCUAUAUUCGGUUGAACGUGUUAUUAACGCGCCGACGCGGUCACCCCCUGUUUCCCAGGCACACAUGGACCCUCGGGGACGAACUCCACCGAGCAAGCUGGAGGAUAAUACAGUCGCUGGAGGCCCGAUGCCAAUGAGUAGCGGGCGGCACACCACCACAAAUGGGACAAGUGGCGGCUCUGGAGCUAGCGCUAGCCCGUCAUUGAAGAAUCUCCUAUCAUAG